GCUCUUCAGAAACGCCUGCGGUCGGCACCGCGUAUAAAACCCUCUUGUCCUCAUAAAACCCUCUUGUCCUCCUUGAUCACUUGUGUUCGUUCGUCUUAUCCGCAAAAAGAUUGCUGUUCAAUUUACUUGUUCUAUUUAUUAAUUAAGAAAAAGAGUCAAAACAAGAAGCAAAAGCGGGUUUGCAGAAACAGAUUGGCGAUUUUCAUCUAAACAGAAAAGCGGAUUUCGUCGAAGCAGCUCGAGGUUUUUUAACCGUAGCGAUUGUGUUGGAUGAUUGAUUUGUAGUUUUAUUUUCCUAACUAUUUUGUGUGCCGGUUUUUUCUCUAGAUCAGAGGUACUCUUUGUUUUUUUGUUUUUUUUCAUCUAGGUUUUCUUUGUCUGAAUUUCUGAUUUCACUGGUAAAACAUGAUAUAUGCUGUUUCUUUUUUCAUUUUUCUUUGUGUUGAAUCGAUACAAAAAAAAGACAGCAAAAAAUUCUCCAGAUUACACUCAGCGCAAGAAUUUAAUUUUUCCCCCCUACUUAAACUAAGAAAGUAAAUUUCUAGGUAAAAUGGACAUUUAGCCUCGCAUUAGUAUAUAUAACUCCUAAUUAUAUAUUAAAGGAAAAUUAAAGGUGGAUAAGUUUUUGGUUAUUUGCCUCCUGGACAUACCUUGGGAGGAUUUUUAAUUCUAGGGUUUACAGAAUUUUAUAAAAUAAAAAUAAAAAUGUUUAGAAUCUUGCUGGGGCGACCUUGAUGAUGACAACUUUUAAUGCCUUCUAGAUUUAAUCGAUCUGAAGGAUCUGUCGAUCUAUUAGGACUUUCGGUCCGUUGGGCCUGUUAAAGUGUGUACAGGCAGUGCAAUUUGUAUAGAAUUGGCUGUUGUGAUAUUGGAAUUGUCUUUGUUAUGCUGUCCUCUUAGUUUUGUACCCUUCCCACCGGAAGUACCUUAGAAACAAUUUUGGCAAUAAUGAGUCUGAGAAGCAGGCAUAAACAUGGUAUGGAUUUUCUACAGCACAUACUGCGGUGUAUGUUGGUUGAAUAAACUAGAUCCAUGAAAUUAUUAUCUUUGUUCUUAUACAAAGAAAUAAUGACAUCAGAAUAAAAUGUUGGAUUAAACUAGAUCCUGGACAUUUUAUGUAUGUUUUUUGCCUUACAAAUAGCGGCAUCAGAUCUGGUGGAUGAAGAUUAAGGGAAAUAAAAACCUUGGGAGCGUCUUUCAAAUAUGAAUGAGAUCCAAGUCUUUAGAAGAAGGCUAAGAUCAAACUUAAACAUGUUACGCAAUCAGCAAUAUUAUUUCAAUAUGAGUUUGUCUAAUAUCAUGGUAGGUAUGAAUUGUUCAUUAUUAAAACAACUAAAUGAGCAAUCAUCAUCAUUUGGGUCUUCAUAAAAACCAUCAUCAUCAUUCCUGACGUCAUAUGAUAUAGGUAGACUAUAAGAACACCAAGGAGUGCCAUUGGCACUUGCACUAAAAGUAUGUUGGCUAAUUGACUGUUAAAAAAAUGAAUUGUUAGGUGGCGGGAGCAUCCAAGUCAGCUAGCUGUGGCUCUAUAGCCCACAAUAUUUGUUGACUCUUGUAGUCGUUUUGUUUGUGCAAAAGAAAGUAAAAUUUGAAACGCACGUAAACUAAAUCUUCAUUUUCUGAUGACAAUUGUUGUACUUUAUUGAGCUGAUGGAGCAUGCACAGGAAUCCAUUCAAAUUAUGAUGAAUUGGCAACUAAAGGAGGCAAAGUAGAGAGUUAGAGCUAUAAAAUUAUAAACUUCAAGCUUGAAAAACAUUUUGUAAGUUUAGUGACAUAAGACUUCGAUUGCUGGAGGCUAUAACUGUUGGAAUUUUUGGCUAUGGAGGUAUCAUCAAUCGUGAGCAUCUUUAUUAUACUUGCCAUGGAGAGUGGGAAUGGUUUGGCUAUUUCAGUGUAUAAAAUAAACAAAUUCAUUUGUGAUUGCAUGUCACAAUUAGGACUAAGAAAUAGUUUAGCAAAUACUAGAUUAUACCUUUGCUAGCUUCCGUAUCUUUGUAUGGUGCAGCCCUCUUCAGCAAAGGAAGGAUUUUAGUGUUGGAGUAUAUUAGUAUUAGUGCAAAGGCAAGAAGAUGCAAUGGGUGAUCAUUUUGUUAGUUUUCUCUAUAGGAAUUGUGUGCAUCAAUUUGAAUAAAAUUUCUUAAGGACCUUGCUUAUUCUCAUUCAUGAUGGCCUUUAUCUUCUCAAUCAUUGAGUUGAUGCCAUCAUAUACCUCUCCGAGGCAUGGCUUAUUAAUGUCAGUAUAAUGAAUUGUAUUCAUGAUGGGCUUGGUGAAACUAAGAAUAUUCCACACAAUCUGAUUACGUGUUCUCUAAGAUCAGUUUUUUAAUAUUUGUUGGCCUUUUAUUGUUAGAUUGUUUCCAUAGCAAACAAAGCUUGCUGAUGGCCAUGUUAGAAAGUGCCUCUCACACCUUCACAAGUCGUCUCACAAGAAAAUUUUUUGGGAGGUGAAUUCUUUAUUAUUCACCUAUUUAAAAAUUGAAUUGUAAAAAAAAAAGAAAGCAAAGAAAACAUACUAAAUUGUACUUUUUUGUGGUAUUCAUUUGAAUGUAUGAGCUUAUACAUUUGACACUAAAUUUACUGCAAAUCCAAAUAUAUGUCCCACCACUUGGAACAUAUCGUAUUAUACAAACAUGCUUCCAUAAUGGUGAAUUUGAGUCUGCUUUUAAGUGGGGUUGGCCCAGCUAGAACAGGCUGCCAUUUUAAUCCCUGUGAUAACAAGUGUGGAAGACAACAUAUUCCAAACAAAUUGAAACAAAACUUAUGUACUAAUUCAUUUAGAUGGAGAAAAAUGAAAAACAAAGCAAGGAGUUUAGUUUUGGAAGAAAAAAUGAGUAAAAAAUUACAAAACAACUUAUCUCCAAUCUAAGAAUUUUCAUCCAUUGUCUCCUUGGCAAUGAAUGGUCUCUUGUAUGAGUGUAGGAAUAGCAGUUCAACUGCUCUGAAAACUUAAGUGAUCAAUCUUAAUCUCUAUUUUGCAAUAACAAGCAAGAACGAAGGUUCAGCAAGUGUCUUUGCUUUGAAUAUUUUGUUUUCAGAAUGAAAAUUUCUUUCUGUGGUACAAGGUGUUUAGAGGUCAAUUUUUCACUUAGAGUUGAUUGUUUUAGGUUGGAUAGCUAACCUAGCAGGUCAAAAAGAAGGGAAACAAAAAAAAGAAAAAGGAAAAGAAAAAUGUGCUGGGUUUCUUCCCAAGUUUUCUGCAGGUAUUAUGAGGCGCACCACGGUUCCUAAACUGGGACUUGGAUACAGGCAGCUGUGGGUCUUUACAGGUAACAGAGUUAAGAACUUGAUACAAACAAAUCAAUACGCCAAAUUUGACAAUGCUAACAACCAGCUCACAUGAGCUAUGCAGCUUCAAGGAAAACAAAUUAGAACCAACAUGGAACUGUAUAACACUGUAUAAUUUUCAGGUAAGUAAACAAUCAAUCAAAUUUCUAAAAAUCUAAAGGGCAACAACACACAAAAUGGCUGGUAACUAGUUGAGAUUAAAAACUACUUAUAGGUAAACUAGCCUUAAGAAGAAAACAAAGAAUCAACAACUUGCAAGAAACAUACAGAAUUCUAGAAGCAGAUUUGAACACAGAAUGCAUUAGAAUGUGUAGAUAACUAGAUUUAAGCAGAACACAGAAAAGUCAUAGAUGGAUGUAUCAGAAACCUGUAAAGAGUCGUAACAUGCAAAAUGAAUACCUGCAGAAUAAAAUAUGUAAGUAGUUUGUAACUUAAAUAAAACAGAAGAAGAAACAUGCUACCUACUCUUUUAAGCACAGAUAUUUGCAGUCACAAUCAGGAUAAUCAAUCAAAUUGUUGAGAAUAUUUUCAGAAUUUGACAUUCACAAGAACACUCAUUUGUAAAAUCAAUGAAACAUUAAUAUGUCCUACGGAUGAAUUUAGUGAUGCACCUUUCUUCAUUUACCAUUUACGCUUAGAUGUUAUGCAUCGUGAAGCAAUUUUCUUUAAUAUCAAAGGUAUUAUUAUACCGAGAGGCAUCUACAAUGACAUCAAAAUGUCCGUAAACAAAAAUCCAUUUUUGAAACAAUUUGACAUGCAAACGACGGGUAAAUGCAUGAAACAUGCCAUGUUUCAGUUUUUGUGGAGGGGUUAUAUUUUUACUCCAAAUAAAAUAGAACCCUUGCCACUUGUCUCCAACUAGAUUCACUGCUUUUUGCAUGCAGCAGUUUAAUGGAUUUGUAUUCUUGGUGUUUAAUAUUUUAGAAGAACAUUUAUUUUACAGAUGAUUCUCUUCUAUCAUAAGAUAUCCCUCGGCAUAUUUUGCAUAUAUUUUUUAAAUAUAGGUGUACUAGUUUAUUAGCCCAUUCAUUAUGCUGAGAGGCAUCUACAAUGACAUCAAAAUGUCCGUAAACAAAAAUCAAUUUUUGAAACAAUUUGACAUGCAAAUGACGGGUAAAUGCAUGAAAUAUGCCACGUUUCAGCUUUUGUGGAGGUGUUAUUUUAUUACUCCAAAUAAAAUAGAACCCUCGCCACUUGUCUCCAGUUAGAUUCACAGCUUUUUGCAUACAUGACUUUAAUGGAUUUGUAUUCUUGGUGUUUAGUAUUUUAGAAGAACAUUUAGUUUACAAAUGAUUCUCUUCUAUUAUAAGACAUCUUUCGGCAUAUUUUACAUAUAUUUUUUAAUAUAGGUAUAUACUAGUUAUGCCGAGAGGCAUCUACAAAGACAUACAAAUAUCCGUAAACAAAAAAUUGAUUUUGAAUAAAUUUGACGUGUAGAUGACAAGUAAAUGCAUUCAUGUUUCAGUUUCUCUAUAAGUACUAUUUUAUUACUUCGAAUAAAAUAGAAUCAUUGCCACUUGUCUCUAAGUAUAUGAAACGGCUACAUCUUUAAUGAGAGUGAAAGAGUGCAGCAUUAUUCAGCUCCAUGUCCUUCUUUACGAUUAAUAAUCAUGCAAGACAAUUAUGUGAUAUGUCUCGGCAUUAUUUUAUGUAUAUUUUUUUUAGAAUAUAGGUAUACUAGUUGUUAGAGCCUAUUUAAAGGCUAACCAAUUUUUGUGUUGGAUGUUAUGUAUUUGAAUAACCUUUUUUCUUGUCAAUUUCUAUCAAUGUUUAAACCUUCUUUUGGAAGCUUUACUUUUGAGCACAACUUUUCUGAUGAAAAGUGAAAAUUUAAGUAAUUUUUAUAAUUUAAUUAUUUAAGUGAGAAGCUUUCCUUGCAUCUAAGCAAAUUCAGAAUUAGUGAUGUCUGCUAUCUCCUUUGUAAACAACUUGGAAUUAAUGCAAACAAAUAGAGUGAUCAUCAGGAAACAAGAUCUUUUUGAAUGUUAUUUUUGUUUUCUAAUUUGGAGAAGAUACUUAAGUUCUUACAAUUAGAAUAAAAAGUCUGUAUUUAAUGAAUUUAGCAACUUGAGUGAUUGUUGUGUUUUUAAUAUUUUAUAUGUUGCAGCCUUAAGGUGAUAUUAUUGUCAAACUUGCAACUCGUCCAUAACGUGUAGUUACGCAUGUAGCAUAGUAUAUAGGGAAAAACAUUGCACCAUGUAACUCUGAUUUGAUGUCUGGAUUCUUUGAUUAUAAAGAUGUGUGAUCACCCUGAGUGAAGAGGUAUUUUGCAUUUUUUUGGGGUAUGCUCUAAACUUUUGUAGUACAGUAACUUAGACUAAAAUAGCUUGUCCUCUCUAAGAAGUAUUAAGUGCCUGGAAACAAGAAUCUUGGGGUUGUUACUGUGAACAGACAUAGCUCUUUGUCGAUAACAAAUAAUGAACUGAGGGUUUAUUUGGGUGUUUUUGUCAACACAUCCAAGUUUCCCUUACCCUAAAGUAGACAUUUGUGUUACCAUUAGGACAUGGAACUGAGAGCAUUAUAUUAGGAUUUACUGCAUAAAGGUCAUGAGAGUUACAGAAGUAUAAAGAUACUAGGGGAAUAGCAGGAUUUGUUCAACCAAAAGAGAUGCACAGAAAUGAUGCAGAGACUUGAGAAGAGUAACACGCCCAGAAGCUGAGAGCCAUCUAUGAGUCCAGUGAGAGGCUCUCUUGUGAAACUUGUCCAAGAUAUCCUGCCAUAGUCUUUUUGAAGGUGAUCCAACUACAAUAGGAAUACCAAGGUAAGUAAAAGGAAGGGAGCCAAUCUGAAAUCUCAAAAUCCUUGCAAUCCUAUCUUGGAUAGGCUUAUUAGGAGUAUUAAAGAAGAAUAUUGAGGACUUUUCCUCAUUAAUCCGUUGCCCCGAAGCCAUCAAAUAAAUGUCCAGAGCCUUUCUGAAAUUAACAGCUUCCUUAACUCUAGCAAGACCCAUCAAAGCAGUGUCAUCCACAAAUUGCAAGUGUGAGUGGGAAGGUAUUUGAUUACCCCAGUUCCACCCCUCAAUUAGACCAGCCCUCACCUGAGAUUUUAUAAAUCUCCCCAAAUCUUCAGCCAUCAGAAUAAAGAGGUAUGGGGAAAGAGGCUAUCUUGACUAUUCAACUUGGCUAUGUUUCGGUUGUAUUUUCCUCAAGUCUUUCUCAUAAUCUUCUCCUUUGUUCCUUUUGCUUGAUGGUCCUUAAAGAUUGCUUGAUCUCAUGGUUUUGACCACCUUGUGGCCUUUUCUCUUCUUUAUUGGGAUCCAACAACAUGAAUCACUCAAAUCGGACCCAAUUUAUUUUAAGGCAAUUAUGCCAAAUGUUUAUUUAAAUUUGAGGAGUGAAAGCUUCUGGAAUUUAACUUUUUGAGUGUAGCUUUGUUGGUAUUUAUGUCUACUCAAGCUUAGGUUCACUGAUUAGAAAAUAUUAAUAAAGUAGUCAGGCAUCAAAUAUGGUAAAGAAACAAACUUGGAGAGUCAUCUUUUAUGAUAUCUUAUGUCAAGAGAAUAAAUUGAGUUUGUUAGGAUAAAAUGUCAUAAACAAAGAGAAGAGCAAGAGGGGAGAAUUCUGUUUCCAGCACAGUUUUGUUUUUGCCUGUCGGGGGUUAACUGAUGAUUUUAAAACCUUAUCUUAAUCAAUAAGGUGAAGUCACAGGAAACAUAUGUUUUCUGUCUGUUCCUGCCCUUAGGGUGAAGAAAUUUAUUUGAUUAUGAAUUUACAAGGCAUGUCCUCAUGUAAGGCUUUAUGCAUUGUAAAUGCUCAUAACUUGGCAAGAUUUUCAGAAUAUUCUGUUGGUUUUUUAUCAGCUUCAAUGCCCAUUAAUGCAUUCUGAAACAUUUGAUAUAGCAAAACAAGAAAUUUUCUGUGAUACCAAACGAGAAAAAUCAAAAAGAAUUUAUUCUUGUAGCGGUGUGUUUAGAAUCUUGAGCUGCAGGUUUUCAAGUACCAAAGUAUUCAACAAGUGGAUGGGCGGCAAACUACCUACCAGGCCACCAUACCACACUUUGACUGCAAGCAGAAAUAGCCAUGUCCAAGUGUUUAUACUGCUGCAGUCUACAGUGCCCCCAUUCCUCACAAUGGUUAUCAUUGUUUCUUGCCUUAUCUUGAUUUUUUGUUUUUCCCUCUCUUCAUGUGCUUGAUCUGUUUCUUCUCUUUUCUUUCACCAGAAACGGAGGUCCUGUCCCUGAACUAUUGCAUUUGGGCUGAUUGCCUUGAUUUCUUUAGGUGUGAGACUGCAUCAAGUGAUCGUGCGGCAAAGCUUAUGUUCCUGGACUCAAACAAAUUAGUUUCAAACUGCAACCUGACAACUCUUCAAAGUUGUAAUACUGAAGAUUUAUUCAGGAGAUGAUUGAGUUUCCAGUUGGACUUAAAUUGUUAGCAUGCUGUAUCAUCCAUGGAAAAUUGGAUGAAUGAAGCUGUUCACCAUUAUGCUUGGAUUUUGUGCUUGCUGACUUGGAUUGCUAUGGAGCACUGUGAUCAGAGUGGGGCAAUUCAAAGAGAUUUGGCCGGUGUUCUUAGAUGGAUGCUGACCAAUGUCUGCAAUGUUGGAAUUUAUUUAGAACUGUAAAACUGACUUUAAACUACUUCUUAUGCAGGUACAGGGCUGUGAACAAUGUGUCCAAGUAUGGAGGUUCUUCCCGAGCAUUUGGCCACAAAAGGAUGUGAUGAGCCUUUAGAACUUGUCUCAACUUCAAAAAUGAGGGAUAUGCAAUCAGUGAAUGAAAGCCUUGAAAAGCUAGAUGUAGGAUAUGGUCAAUAUGGUUGUUCCCAUUAUAGACGGAGGUGUAGUAUCAGGGCUCCAUGUUGCAAUGAGAUCUUUGAUUGCAGACAUUGCCACAAUGAGGCAAAGAAUGCUGUGGAUGUUAAUCCACAAGAGAGUCACGACAUUCCUCGUCAUGAGGUGCAGCAGGUCAUCUGUUCAGUAUGUGGCACUGAACAAGAUGUUAAGCAAAUAUGUGUCAACUGUGGGGUGUGUAUGGGCAAAUACUUCUGUGAGAUCUGCAAGUUCUAUGAUGAUGAUCUCUCAAAGCAGCAAUACCACUGUGAUGGUUGUGGUAUUUGUAGAACUGGGGGACAAGAUAAUUUCUUUCACUGCUACAAAUGUGGUUGCUGCUAUUCAGUUGCAUUGAAGGAUUGCCAUCCUUGUGUAGAAAGAGCAAUGCAUCAUAACUGCCCAGUUUGCUUUGAGUUUUUGUUCGAAUCUACAAGGGAUAUUAGUGUACUCCCAUGUGGCCAUACCAUUCAUAUGCACUGUCUGAAGGAGAUGCAUCAGCAUCUGCAGUUUUCAUGCCCUGUUUGCUCCAAAUCAGUUUGUGACAUGUCAAGAGUAUGGGAAAAACUUGAUGAAGAGGUUGCAUCAACACCAAUGCCCGCAUCCUACCAGAAUAAAAAGGUCUGGAUUUUAUGCAAUGACUGUGGCGCUACUUCAGAAGUUAAAUUUCAUAUUGUCGCACACAAGUGUGCAAAUUGCAACUCGUACAAUACACGGCAGACUAGAGGUUGCUCUCUAUAAAACGUGUGUCAUAACUCAUACCUAAUGGCAUUGCUUUAAUAUCUUAGUGUUGACCUGCCUGAGGUGUAGCUUUCUUCCAACGCGAAAAUCAGGUGAAGUCUGAAGUCAUGCUGUGAUGGUGGAAACUGCUUAUUUAGUUUUUGCCAUGACCAUCUCUGCUAUAGUGUAUGCUGUAAUGCAUACAUUUAAGAAAGUCAAUUGCAACAUUGCCAAUGUCCUGCAAAGAUGUUUUGCGGCAGAAUUGUGUAAGCAGCAUUUGUAAUAUAGGUCUGUGAACAUAUAUUAGACCUGCUAGGACAACUUGAGGGAUUUGCAUUGCAGGUCUAAGAACAUAUGUGAGACCUGUUAGGGAGAAAAACUUAAAUAGAGUUUUUGGUAUGACACACAUGCUAUGAUAGCAUCGUAUUCCCUGUACAUUGUAAAAUCUUUAAGCUGAUUGAAGCAUUUGGUUUGUA